AUGCUCUACACCACACACGACGAGGACUUUUCGUCAAUCAUGAACACCCCACCAACAUCAGUUCUCAAAUGGAUCGCAGACCCCUUCCCUUCUGGUUUCUUCAUGGAAAGUCCAGGGGCACCAGGUCUCCAAUGGAUACCAGACCCUUCACCUUCUGGAUUCUUCAUGGAACAAAGAGGUGGUCCGCCUGCUGCCCCAUCCUCUGAGUCGGUUCCCGAAGACGCAGUAGUUGAAGAAGAAAGCUCACACCCACUCCUAAUUCAUACCUACAAGUCCGGUCAUAAGCGGCGGGUCUUUCGGGAUGAAAAGGGUCUGUAUAUAGCAUUCCGACCCAACCCAGCAGAUGAAGAAGAAUGGCUGAGAGGGCGCUCCCUCUUACUUGGUUCCCUGCCCCAAGGCCCCGCUACUACUCAAAUCAUUAACGUGAAAUUGUCAAUGACUUAUGCGGAACUGAAGAGGAAAAUCGAUGAAGAGAUUCCAGAGAAGGAGGAUAGAUCUGGCAUGGUUGCUUUGCCCGGUCGUCCGAGUGUUGAGAAGGUCAAGCUCGAGGGCGUGGCCGUAGUUUGGAGGUUACCUGGUGGUGGGAUGGGGUAUGCCGUGAUUGAUGAUAGUAAUUGCGGGAAUAUGCUGCAGUUGAUUGCUACCAGAGGUUGGCUGGAUAUGCUGGCAGCGGUAUAUGAGAGACCGUGA